UGGCAUAAUUAACUGGUCGCGGUCGGAGAGUUCGUGUCAGUUGGGUUCGUGACAGAUGGUCGAUAAAUAGUUUCUUUUCCAAAUUUAUCCGCUCAUUUGCAGUUCAGUUCAAAAUGGGUAUCCCGAAAUUCUUUCGUUACAUGAGCGAGCGCUAUCCGUGCUUGAGCGAGUUGGUUCGCGAAGAUCAGAUUCCCGAAUUCGACAACUUGUACCUGGACAUGAACGGUAUCAUUCACCCGUGCUCGCAUCCGGAUGAUGGGAACGUCCAUUUUCGAAUAAGCGAGGAAACCAUAUUUCGGAACAUCUUUAAUUACAUCGACAAAUUGUUUUUCUUGAUUAAGCCGCGUAAAUUGUUCUUUAUGGCUGUUGACGGCGUCGCUCCACGAGCUAAGAUGAAUCAACAGAGAAGCAGGAGGUUCCGAUCGGCUAAGGAUGCGGAGGUCUUGGAAAAGGACGCAGUCAGACGGGGUGAAAAGCUUCCGGAUACGGCACGUUUUGAUAGCAAUUGCAUUACUCCCGGCACGGAGUUUAUGGUUCGGUUGCAGGAUGCCUUGAAAUACUUUGUGAAAUUGAAAAUGAGCACAAAUCCGCUAUGGCAGCGUUGUCGGAUUAUACUUAGUGGACAUGAGACUCCCGGCGAAGGUGAACAUAAAAUUAUGGAGUAUAUUAGGUACCUGAAAUCUCAGCCGGGAUAUGAUAAUAACACCAGGCAUUGCCUGUACGGAUUGGAUGCUGAUCUCAUUGUGUUGGGGUUGUGCACGCAUGAAAUGCAUUUUUCAUUGCUACGAGAGGAGGUUAGCUUUGGCAAGAAAGCAAAGAAAGCAUCAAUAGAAGAAACUCGUUUUUUCCUGUUACAUUUGAAUCUCUUACGCGAAUAUCUGGAACUUGAAUUCGGAUCAUUGAAAGUCGUUGAGGGUAAAAAAUUCAGCAUAUAUAAGAUAAUUGACGAUUGGAUAUUGAUGGGAUUUCUCGUUGGAAACGAUUUUAUUCCACAUUUACCUAAUUUUCACAUCAACACGAACGCACUUCCGUUGCUUUAUGAAAUAUACAAACGGGUGUGGCCGCAAAUGGAUGGAUAUCUGAACGAUAAUGGCAACUUGAAUCUUGACAAUUUCGAAAUAUUCAUGAGAGAGUUAGCUGAAAGAGAUUUAGAAAUGUAUAAAGAAAUUUCGGCAGAUUUGAAGUAUUUUGAGGGAAAACGAGGCAAAAAUAAUGAAAUCGUUGAUAUUCCUGAAGCCUUCGAUUUCGAUGUAGAGGAUAUGGACGAUGUGGAUUUGAAUGUAAAUUUAGCAAAGUUAAUUGAAGAUAGCAACAAAAUGUUUGGUAGCGAUGACGACUUGUCGGAUGAUGAGGCUAUGCUGGAAAAGGAAUUCAGAAUGCAUAAGAGAAAUUAUUAUAUUACAAAAUUAAAUUAUCCAGAAAUGACAGAAGAAGUGCUUGCCGAACAAACAGAAUGUUACAUUCGUGCUUUGCAAUGGAUUCUGUUUUACUAUUAUCGAGGAGUAUCGUCAUGGGGUUGGUUUUAUCCACAUCACUAUGCACCGUACGCCAGCGACAUAAAGAAUUUCAAGCAUUUAAAGUUAGAGUUCAGCAUGGGAAAACCUUUUUUACCAUUUGAACAGCUGUUAGCUGUGUUGCCAGCCGCCAGCAAAGAAUUACUGCCAGAAGCUUACAGGGAUUUAAUGACAAAUCCCAACAGUAAAAUAAUAGAGUACUACCCGAAUGAAUUUCAAACUGAUUUGAAUGGAAAAAGACAGGAAUGGGAGGCUGUAGUUCUAAUACCUUUCAUAGACGAGGUUAAGUUAUUACAAGCAAUGUCGGAGCGGUUUUCCUACCUACAACCUGAAGAACAAAAGCGGAAUAUUCACGGGCCUAUGUUGCAGUACGAUUACACUGACGUAUCCCAAGGAGAGUGUCCUGGAAUCUAUUCAUUUAAAAAGUUCGACAAUACUUAUUGCACUGAAACAGCUGUUUGGCGAGACCAAGUAAAAGUAGGAACCAAUUACUUAGAUUCCGAUAUUUCAAAGUGGCCAGCAAAAAAGUGCCACUUGCCUGGAUUCCCUACAAUGAAAUAUUUAAGUUACACUGGUGAACUUCAGAAAGCUCGUGUGAAAGUAUUCGAGCAGCCAAGUCGAAAUGAUACGAUGAUUUUGUUUCCAGAAAUUAAAUCGUUUGAUGGUUUAGACGCAAUAGCUAGCAAAUAUUUAGAUAAGAUCGUAUAUGUGGGCUGGCCACAUUUGGUUAAAUCGAAGGUGACUGCGAUUAUAACGCCUGAGUUCAAGGCUACCGCAAACGGAAUUGAGGAGAUCCAGUCAAGGAUAUUUCAUUUGCAUUUGAAACAUGUUGAAGAACACACAUUCAACAGAAUGGGUAUAAAGUUCAGAGAGACAAAGUUCCUAGUUUAUGUCAACACGUUGGCUAGCGUCGAGUACGUUGUCGGAAACAAAGGGAAAAUGAUAUCAACUAAUAUUUGGAGUAAUUCGGAAAUUUCUUAUCCUUUACAAGGAGUUGUGAUGAAUAUUCGCAAGGAAGAUGAAAUGAUUGAAGAAAAAAUUGAAGACUUUUAUCCAGUUGGAACGCCCAUAUUUCUACUUAGUAGUCCAUAUUUUGGCUGUGAGGGUAAAAUACUCGACCCGAAAUUAGUUUAUAGCUGCGGACGAAUACAAGUCAAUAUAACUGUGAUACCUGAACCACAAUUAUCGGAAGCACGAGGAAAACAAACAGAAGCUGAGAUGAGUUAUUAUAAUAACUACGAAUUUGCCAUUAAAACAGGAUUGAAUGCAAAUGUUGUGGCCCGUAUUACGGGUUCCGUCUUCAUAAUUCAUGGUAGUCCACGUGGAGACUUACCUGAAAAUACACCGAAAACCAAUAUCGGCUUAAAUUUGAAAUCGAAAAAGUCGGAUCAGCAAGUUGCUGGCUACGUUCGAAAGCAAGGAACCACUUGGCAAUAUUCACUGAAGACGAUGGAUUUGAUUAUUUCUUAUUAUGAAGUGUUUCCGGAAGUUUUCAACUUACUCGCAUCCAACACCGGUGGAAGAGAUGAAUUUUUUGAAACAAAUUUGUUCCCGCCCGAUACAAGCGAUAAGAAGUUAUCAGAUCUCACAGCAUGGCUGAAAAAGCAGAGUCAUAACAAGGCAGAAAGGGUUCCAUGUGGAACGAAAUGGGUCGAGAUGGAGGCGAUGGACGCCAUAAAAGAAGCUGUUGAAAGUUUGAAAAAGCAGCCGGUUAAAUGUAUUAAAUUGCAAGUGAAACCACAUCUGCUAUUGAAACAAGGACUUGAAAUACCACAAGCAUUUAGAUCAAAGUCGAAAAUAAGACUUUUCGAUCGGAUCGUAGUCGCAAAGAGAACAUAUCAGGUGCCCGUUGGAUAUAAGGGAACGGUAAUUGCCAUUCACCCUCUUGUGGAUCCCAAUCCCGUUCGCAUUGAAUGCGUCAAGCAAGUGGAAACAUUCAUUGAAGUGUUAUUCGACAAAGAACUGCCAGACAUAGGAGACGAAAAUGAAGGAGAACUGAAGAGAAUUGCACGUGUUGCCCAAACAUCUGUAUUAGUUGUUUAUCAACCUCUGGAUGAAGUGGUAGUUGCGCCUUUGGAGACUUCCACAAACCAAGCUCAAAACGUUACAUCAAAUAAACAAAACUCAGACCGAUCCAUAUAUAAUAACGGUUUGAGGAAUAGAGAUAUGGCAUUUUUUGUUGAACCUCCCAAAGAUGACAGAAAUUUUAAUCAGCAACAACAAUCGCGACAGACAAGAAAACCAGACGAGUUCAGAAAUAAACCUCAAACAGUCAACAUAUCUAAAUUUGUACAACCACCUCCAAUGCCGGAACAAUAUUUUCAGCAAUCAUCUACCGCUCCAACAUAUUCGAAUCGGAGAUUACCGGAAACAAGUAUAAGUAGCGCUCAAUUCACCAGUUCGGCAUAUCUUGCUAAGCAACACGGACAAAGCAGAAAUCCAAGUCAAAGGGAUACUACUUUAGGUAGCAGCAAGCGAAAUAAUGCAAGAGUAAAUUAUCCGCCAAUGGAAAAUGUUAUGGCACCACCGAUUGCCGGAUCGCAGCCCAUGCAGUUUAAAGACAAUCAAGAUCCAGUCGGAAUGCUUAGUAAGGAUCUGAAUGAUCUUAAAUUACAAAAUCUUCCGAAUGUGGCAGAAAGUACUGAAGCUUUACGAAAGCUGCUGGGCAUGAGUUCAUCCAAUUCAAAUUUUGAUAGCUCAGGCGACAAACAAUCUAUAAACUUUCCAAAACCUCCGUCGAACUGGACAAAGGACGCUUCACAACAUCGGAGUAAAAAUAGUGAUAUGAAUCAGCCCUCUCAAACGCACUCACAGUCGAUACCGUUUAACAAUGUCCAGCCAAUUCAGCCAUAUAAUAGUCAGUGUUAUACGAACAUGCCCGUGCAUGUGGAUAAGAAGUAUGCGCCAAAUAACCAUAACAAUAAUGGUGACACUCAGAUGUGCCCUUCACGCCAGAAACGAGUUAGCAACAUUUCUUCAGGACAAAGUGCGUUUAUCCCUCUACAAGCGAUGAAAUCUAUUAGGAAGAAUGAAAAAGGAAGCAACUCGAAGUCUACUGGACAUCACAGUCAGAAUGCAGCACAAAGUAUCAACGAGCAGAGUUCAGGAACGGCUAGCAACACCAGGGACCAAGAAGCCAAACCUUCGAAUUCGGCCCAAAACUCUGCUGACGAAACUAAAAAAAAGACCGCUAAGCAAACUGCUCGGAAGCCAAAAAUUGCAGCUAAUUUCAACUUGAAAGGAUAACGAAUUUCAUCAUAAAUCAAAUUUUUGGCAUAUUUUUCUAUUUUAAUUAUGACGAGAUCGUGUACAGAUGUAUAGUUUUUACUAUAUUACAUACAUAUUCAUAUUAAUGGUUGUAAGAUAUAAGCAAAUGUUUAGGUUGAAUACUGAGAAAAGUUUUAUAUAUGUUCCUUCAAAGGAAUACUAUGAAAUAUGGAAAUAUAUUUUCCCGAAACUUAA